UUCGUUCAUCUACUCGAAGGCCAGAACGGAAGAAAAAGAAAGGAGAAAGUAGAGGAAGAACUGAAGAAGAAAUGGCUCAGGCACUGACUCUGCCCGUCGCACCUUCACUUUCAUUGCUCUGCAAGGGAGGAAAUCCUUCUGCUUCUCUCUCCAGAGCUGUUUAUUUCCCCAAUUCAGCCCCUCCAAAGUAUCGUGGUCUGAACAUCCAAUGCGCUCGUGUUGGAGGAGUUGAGAUCCCAAACAACAAGCGAAUCGAGUACUCUCUUCAGUACAUUUACGGCAUAGGCCGCACCAGAGCUCGCCAAAUUCUCUGCGACCUUAACAUGGAGAACAAGAUCACCAAGGACUUCACAGAGGAAGAACUGACCACCCUUCGUGAAGAAGUCUCCAAGUACGAGAUUGAAGGUGACCUGAGGCGUUUCAAUGCUCUCAGAAUUAGGAGGUUGAUAGAGAUUCAAUGCUACAGAGGGACGAGGCAUCAGAAAGGGUUGCCUUGCAGAGGACAGCACACGAAGAACAACUGUCGGACGCUCAAGGGUAAGAGGGUUGCGAUUGCAGGAAAGAAGAAAGCCCCUCGUUGAGAACUCGGUUGUGUUUUUAAUCCUUCAAUUUAUUUGAAUUUCUGGCGCAUUUUAGUGUUUUGUAGUAUGGAUUCAAUUGUAUUUAGUAAAUUCAAUGCCUUUUGAUCUUCACAACUGUGUUUUCUUUCCUGAUAUGCAUUAAUUUUCUCCCUUCAUGAGGUCGUAUGAAGUUGGAGUCAGAUAAGUGCUUGAAAUAAUUUACUUUUUUUUAGCUGAA